CGGCUGAGCGUCACGUUCUGCUGCGCGCUGUUCCUUUGCCACUUUGCAGCUCAACAGCAGCAGCGCGGGCUUACUAUACGCUCCUUCUAUAUGAAAACUAAAAAUAAUGGCUUAUUGGCUUAUUAGAUGAUUUCCAUCUUUUUCCACUUUGGUUCAUUUCUUUGGUCGAUCUUUGUGGAAUGGUCCGCGCUUUCUCCCCGGGUCUUGUCCACUUAAGCAUGGGAACUACGGGGUCCAAAAGGAGGAAUUUGACGAGUGAUGCGAUAUCUUCCGUGGCCGCAAAAGUUCGGGCAGCCAGAGCAUUUGGAGAAUACCUGUCCAAUACAAAUACAGAGAACCGAAACAGACCAGAUCAUCCUUUGUCUGAAAACUUCCCUGCCCAAGGUUUUGAUUCUCCAGAAGUCAGUCACUUGCACAACAACAAUCUGCCACCACAGAGUUACUCAUUAAACAUAGCUAAGUCAAGCAAGACUGGGCAGUCCAAUCGCAGUGCUCAGAUACAAGCCCAACCUCAGGCUAACCCACUCAAAUCUCAGGCACCUUCUAAACGUAGACUCUCUGCUGCACGGAGCCUCUCCACUGAGAACCCACCGAGUGCCAGACACCCAGAGGGGAGUGUGUCCGUAAACCCAACUAGGGUAUACACAAUCACAAAAGAGGUAGGAAUGACUGUGUGCCGUAGUAGUGAGGAAAGCCUGGAGCUGGAGGUGAUGAAGGGCGGCAAGGAUGACCCACUUUCCUACGCAGACCAACAAUCAUCUUCUUCUGCUCGUGGGAGCCAAUACCAUACUAGCCAUCACCGCUAUAACCAUUACCGUGCCCACCAGAAUCGGGGAGGCCCUUUGUCAUCAUCACAGUCAUUACAAAGCUCUGAUAGCACCAGUAACAUCCGAGACUGGGGCAUGAGGAAAGGGGGUUCAAGAGAUGACAACACUCCUGACUGUGUGGCAUUCAUUCGUGCUCCUUGUCGAAGCCAGCGCUCUCUGGACUUGGACACCUCACCACAGGAUGGGGGAAAGCAGUUUAAAAAACUGGAGCGGAUGUACAGUGAGGAUGGAACAUCCACUGAUGACAGAGAAGAACCUUCCGAUAGCUGGUUCCACAAAGAGAAUAUAUUCCGUUUUCAGACAGCAACUACAACCAUGCAGGCGGCUUUCCGGGGCAUUGCUGAGAAAAAGAGACGGAAAAGAGAGCAGGACGCAGCCACCGUGAUCGAGAGAAACUUCCGGAAGCACCUUAGGAUGGUGGGCAGCCGAAGGAUGAAGGUCCAGACCUUUGCUGAUCGCAGAGCCAAGAGUUUCAGCCGCUCAUGGAGUGACCCCACCCCUGUCAAGCCUGACUCACUGCAUGACUCCAGAGACAAUGGUGAUCUCCAGACCUCGACAUGUACCCUCAAUGAAGGGUUGGAUGAGCAUACUGACUGGGGGAAUGAAAGAGAGAUGGAGAGAGUAGCCUGUGAAGGAGAUGACUUCAUUCCACCUAAAAUCAUUCUUAUAUCCUCCAAGGUUCCGAAGGCAGAAUAUGUUCCUAACAUCAUUCGUAGGGAUGACCCUUCCAUCAUUCUCAUUCUUUAUGACCACGAACAUGCUACAUUUGACGACAUCCUUGAGGAGAUCAAGAAGAAGCUGACUGCCUACAGAAAAGGCUGUAAAAUAUGGAACAUGCUUAUCUUCUGCCAAGGAGGACCAGGUCAUCUGUAUUUAUUGAAGAAUAAAGUGGCCACCUUUGCCAAAGUGGAAAAGGAGGAAGAUAUGAACCAGUUCUGGCGGCAGCUGGGUAGGCUGAUGAGUAAGUUAAACCCUGAGCCCAACCUCAUCCACAUCAUGGGCUGCUAUGUGCUGGGCAGUGCAAAUGGAGAAAAGCUAAUUCAAACUUUGAGGAGGCUGAUGAGACCCACUUCGGUUGAAUUCAAGUCCCCACUAGAAUUAUCUGCACAAGGUAAAGAGAUGAUUGAGAUGUACUUUAACUUCCGCUUGUUCCGUCUGUGGAAAAGCCGCCAGCACUCAAAAAUGCUGGACUACGACGACCUGCUGUGAUGACAGAGCUCCAUUGUCUGUCUUGUUGGCUAGUUCCCUCA